AUGGAUAAGAAAUCAUUUGAAACCGUGCUGGAUGAAAUUAGAAAGGCUGUAUUGACUGAAUACAAAUUAAAAGCUAUUGAAUAUGUUCAUGGAUACUUUUCGAGUGAACAGGUUGUUGAGUUACUGAGAUACUUUUCCUGGGCUGAACCACAGCUCAAGGCAAUAAAGGCUUUACAACAUAAAAUAGUGGCAGUUCCGGCAUCAAAAAUGGUUAAUAUUCUCAACUGCUUCACAUUCAGUAAAGAUAAACUUAUUGCCCUUGAAAUCUUAGCUUCCAACAUUGUUGAUGCUCAGAAUUAUCGCCUUAUUGAAGAUCUGUUCAGAAUUAAUAUGUCAGAGAAGAAAAGAUGCAGAAGAAUUCUUGAACAGGCUUCAAAAACGGGUUGUAAGGCUCCUCAUGCUAUGAUAUCAUCCUGUGGCAUGAUUCCUGGCAACCCUUAUCCCAAGGGCAAACCAAGCCGCAUAAAUGGAAUUUUCCCAGGAACCCCUAUCAAAAAGGACACAGAAGAAUGUACCAGUGAAGGAAAGGGAAUAGCAGCCCGUAUACUUGGACCAUCCAAACCAGCUCCAUCAACCUACAAUCCACACAAACCAGUUCCAUACCCCAUCCCACCAUGUCGGCCACAUGCAACUAUUGCACCAAGUGCUUACAACAAUGCUGGCUUAGUACCAAUGGCUAAUGUCAUAGCUCCAGGCUUGUCAGCUCCUCCCCCAUAUGCUGCUAAUCAGGUGGUAUCAGAAAAUGAAGACCUUUCCAGCCAGGCAAAACCUUCCCAAAAUCAAGCUUUUUCUGCACAAGCGAAUCAGCUCUUUACUCCUCAUGGUUCUAAUCCUUCAACACCUGCUGCUACUCCAGUCCCUACCCCAUCACCUGUCAAGGCAAUAAGCCAUCCAUUAGCACCUGCAACUCCACUCAUCUCUGGGAUGAACAUGUCUACCCCUGUCCUUCCUGUUUUCCCAGGACAGGUCUCCUCUUCCAUCCAUACAUCUCAGCCAUCCACCCCAACCCCUACUGUCAUCAAAUCCCUUUCAUUACCUGGUGUUCCUGUCACAUCUAUUCACAGUGCAACCUCUACCCCCAUCCCUGCAGUUUUUUCUGGGCUGGCUUCUAUACCCACUGCUACGCCAGCUCUGCAAGGUUCUUCCACCCCGUGCGCCACGUCUGCACCUAGUGAAGCUUUCCCAUCUGCUACCGCACCAUUUGCUGGCCUCCCGUUUUCUGCAACCUCUUCAAUUGCUUCCUCUAAUAAUCCCACUCCAUUGUCAUCAGUUUUUGCUGGCCUCCCUUUGUCCUUGCCGCCCAGCACCCAAGGGAUUUCUAGUCCUGUUCCAUCUACAAUUGCUAAUUCUCCUGCCACUACCAUUCCUGGUUCGCUUAGCUUGCCUAACCCAAUUUUGUCUGUCUUAAAGGGAUUUCUGACAUCAAAUGACACUUCAUUAAUCAAUUCAUCUGCUUUACCUUCUGCUAUGACAAGUGAGCUUGCUUCUUUGUCCGCUCUUGCUAAUCAAAGCUCUGACCCUCCCACUUCCUCUGUCAACAAAUGUUAUACUCCAUCAGCCACCCCCACCCCACAGCGUUCCUCCACACCCGGGCUAGCCAUUUUUCCAGGUCUUCCAUCCCCAUCUGUAGCCAAUUCUAGUUCCACUCCUCCAACAUUGCCUGCACAGUCACCGUUAACCACUUCACCAUCGAUUAUGCCAGUCAACUGUGGCUCAUCAGCCUCUCUCUUGCAUGGCACAAGCCCUACUACUCCUGAUCAGCAGCUCUCAACCACAAGUAUCCCAGUUCUGGUCAAAACAGAACCCAUGAGUCCUACCCUCUCGGCCUUCAAAGGUCCUUCUCAUUCGGCUGGCCCUUCUCAUGGCACUAUAGGACUGUCAGCGCUCGGGCGCGCAUACACCUCAGCAGCUUCAGUGCCAGUCAGUUUACCCAGUUCCCUGAAUCCAGCGCUAUCGGGUCUCUCCUCUUUGAGUGCUCCUUUAAACAAUUCCAGUUCUCUGGCUUCCCUUUCCCUCGCCCCACAUGGCUCCUCUGCUCCCAUUGCCCCUGUGUUCAAUGGACUUCCUCCUUUUACGUCUCUAACCAGUAACUUUGCUUUUACUGGUAAUCCAGCACUUACACCACCUGUCACUCUGCCAGGGUCUUUGUUAGCCACUCCGUCUACAACCGCUUCAGCCGUGUCUGCCCCUCAUGUGAGUUCCACUGCCGCCGUACUCUCAGGACUCGCCGCCUCAGCAACAGUCUCUGCUCCUCCCUUCUCGCUUAACUUGUCCAGUGCCGUCCCUUCCCUUUUUUCUGUUGCCCAGGGACCUCUGGGAUCAUCAAACCCAUCCUUCCCUGGUUUUCCUGUCUCUAACACACCCUCUGUCACUCCUGCUCUCCCUUCUUUCCCUGGCCUCCAGGCAUCUUCUGCAGUAGCAGCAGUUGCACCGUUGCCGGCAGGCGCCCCGGCUCCGGUCCUGCCAGGGUUUGCCUCGGCCUUUAGCUCAAACUUCAACUCUGCACUUGUUGCACAGGCUGGCUUGACUUCUGGACUACAGACACCAGGAAACGCAGUUUUUCCUGGUCUUUUAUCUCUCCCUGGUAUCCCUGGCUUUCCCCAAAGUGCCGCACAAUCUUCCUUGCAGGAACUGCAGCAUAGUGCGGCGGCACAGUCAGCACUACUACAGGCACAUUCUGCUUCUGCUCUGGAGAACUAUACAGCUCAGCCUGAAGGUUUUGCUAACUAUCCAUCAACACCAGGAACACCAUUUUCAUUGCAGACCAGUCUGCCCCAGAGUGGAUGGCAAUAAAUACCAGACAUUUUUAGAGACUGCAGUGGUUGCUUGACAGAGCCUGAUUCUAUUCACUUUGAAGGCUAUCUCUGCGUUAGUGGGAGCAUGGUCUGAAUUGGGGAAAGAGGGGGAAAACAUGAGGAUAAAAUGAUUCCAGGAGGCUGUGUCAGAUGUCAAACCUAAUUUGUGAUUGCAUUUAAUUGAUUCAGGGUCUGAUCCUGUGAAUUGCUGAGCAUCCUUGACUCUCCUUUUAGCUUGAGAGUUGAGUGUUUGGUGUCUUACAGGAUCAGGAACCUUCAAACAGACAUUUAUGUAAAUAGAGCACUUGGCUGUCAAACUGAAUGAGGAGAACAAGUAUACUU